UUUGCUCAAUCUGUCUCUCUGGUCCGCAAAAUACACGCUCGAUAUGCAACCGGGCAACUGAUUUCGCGUGGAAGAAGUAACCAUUUGUAAACAUGGCGAUGUUUCUCUUUGUCUCUCAUAAUUUGCAGGUUUAAAAUGGUGUUUGGUUCAGAAUUAGUCUCGAAUAAUGCUGUCAAGUAAACAUGUCAAGAGAAGAAAGAAGUGAUGCCAAGCGCAAGAAUAGAGACAGGGAGUCCCAUGAGUUGCAAAGGUUGCUAUCCGUUCUUAGCACCCCACUACAUAAACAACAGUUACCAUCUUUGCCCAAGAAAUUAGAUGAAAAGGCACCAACUUCAAGCCCCAAAUCCAAGACCAAAAGUGGAGACAAGGAAGUUGAUUUGCUCCAGCAGUUUUGUUCAAGGUUUAAAAAUGAGAGAAACUUCAGCUCUGGUGUUCAUGUACCCUUAUUCAAACAGAUAUUCGAGAAAAUUGUCAAACAGAGGCUAUGUAGCUUAGAAUGGAACAACCGAGCUUCAGAGGACAAGCUUCUGCGGAUCCUAUCAUGUCUUCGGAUAUUUAUCCGCGAUCCGUCGUAUCAGAAAGCGUUCAUUGAGAUGCAGGGUCUCAAGCAUUUUACCCAGAAAUUAAAAGCCACAUCAGAACAAUAUCUUGAAUAUGGCGAAAGAGAAUUCACUCUUGGAAUCUUGAAAGAAAUGACAAACAUAUGCCAGAAAAUUGUCGCCGAUUCUGACCACAGGGAUUGGAUCGUUGCAUGCGGGUUACAUGAGGUUCUUAUAAUGCUGCUGUCUUGCACCGAUGUUUCUAUUCUGCAUUCGACGUUGUACGCUCUCAUUGGAUUGGGACAAAGCGAACGCCCAAGAGCUGUUAUUGGAGAGUUAAACUGUGUUGAUGUUCUAAUCAGGAUAGUCCAGGACUAUGACAUCGUUACAAAACAGCUGGCUAUAAAUCUGCUGAGAACGUUAUGUGCUGAUGUGCAUGUCAGAGAACAAGUAAAAGUAUUCGAUGGGGUUCCUGCACUUUUGAGUUUGCUGGACUCUGAAAAUAUAAAGCUACUUCUAAACGUGGUAUGGAUUUUAGUGCAGCUGUCGACGGAUCAAGAUACUCGUGAUGAAAUUCGACAUCUUGGAGGAAUUCCAUUGCUUCUCUCUCUAUUGCAGGAAAAGAAUUAUGUGAUGGACAGAAAUACAUCAAAUCUUAAGAGUGCUGACUUGACGCGAACACCUGUUUUGCCUCUGACUGAAGAUGCCUCUUUAGAACAGCGCUUGUUCUUAAAAUCAGCUGUUUGUGCAGCAAUUACUGAAUUGGUGCUGAACGACUCAAAUGCACAACAUAUCGUUGCAGCAAACGGAGUCCAUCUCUUGGGCAAAAUGAUCUUUCCGAUUCACACAAAAACUGCCGAGGACUCCAUAGCUGCUGCAAAUUUGCAGAAAAAUGCCUUUCGAGCUUUGAGGUUCUUGUUCAGUAUGGAGCGGAACAGACAGUUGUUCAAAAGACUGCUCCCACCAAUUUUGUUCGAGUCAUUCAUCGACGUUGGACACUACAAAAGAGAUUUAGAUGCAUAUACAUCGCUUGUAGAGAAUUUCAACAGCCUACCCGAAUCAGAUCUGGAAGAAGUGAGGGAGAAAUUUGAUGGUAUCAAUCAAAACAGAGCUGCAACCACUUUUAUCAGACAGUAUGCCGUUUUUGAGCAUUUGGGAAGCGGUGCAUUCGGAAGCGUUUAUAAGGUGAAGAAGCAAGGAAACCAAACCUUUCUUGCUCUAAAAGAGAUAUCGACUGUCAGUCCAGCUUUUGGCAAAACAAACAAGGAACGCGAAAAGAGUGUAGGCGAAAUUUUGAACGAAUGUGUCAUCGUAAAAGAGCAGCUAAGACAUCCAAAUGUUGUGAGAUACUACAAAGCUUUCAAGGAAGAUGACAAGUUGUACAUAAUUAUGGAGUUGAUCGACGGAGCUCCACUAGGGGAGCACUUCAAUUCUUUGAAGGAAAAAGGAGAACGUUUCUCCGAAGAUAGAAUUUGGAAUAUAUUCACUCAAAUUGUUCUUGGUUUGCGCUACAUCCACAAGGAAAAGCGUAUCAUUCACAGAGACCUUACUCCAAAUAACAUUAUGCUUGGCGAAAGUGACAAAGUUACAAUAACUGAUUUUGGAUUGUCACGACAAAAACAGCCAGACACCAGCAAAAUGACGUCCGUAGUUGGAACAAUAUUGUAUUCCUGCCCAGAGAUCAUCCAAAACCAUCCUUAUGGCGAGAAGGCCGACAUCUGGGCCGUGGGGUGUAUUUUGUACCAAAUGUCAACUCUCCAACCACCCUUUUUCUCCUCAAAUAUGCUCACAUUGGCAACAAAGAUUGUUAAUGCUGAAUAUGACCCAUUGCCGGAUGAUUUUUAUUCAGAAAAGGUGGAGAAAACAAUAAAAAGCUGCUUAACUGCAGACCCAGAAAGAAGACCUGACAUUACUGGGGUUGCGGGUAUAAUAAGUGACGUAUUAAUUGGCCUUGUUGACAAAUUGAAGCUUCAUACCACUACACUGGAGAAGAAGCUGGAAAAGGAAAGAAAACGAACACAACGGCACUACUUUGAAGCGCAUCGUAACAUGCAGAACUUCCACCGGUUGUUCCUGGCACAGCAAGAAAUGACAGACAAAAUGUCGUCUUUAUCUUCAAACAGUGGCGGCCCGGCUUCGCUGAAUUCAAGCAAACAGGACAGCGACUUCGAUAAUGAUGAACUGGAUGAAAAAUACUUUAAAUUGUUUCCAGUCGAACCAAACUCGAAAUCAUCGGCAAUAGAUGCAAGGUUUGGGUCAGAAAUUCUGGGAAGCAGCGAGACGGACCAGAGAAAUCCCGAGGGGGAAUGGGCUAAACCGGGGGGCGGAAAAUUUGGGUCACUUCGUCGGAAUUCUAGAGAACUGAGCCCGUUACCGAUAAGGAAAAAGACGGGGGAUAUUUUGAAUAAAGAUGACUGUUUAGAGAAAGAUGACGUUUUUGUGAAACCAAAGCCUCCUGGUGCUGGAAGAAAGGUAGCAAGGCGACUGUUGCCGCUUGAUCACGGCCAGAGGCUGCAAGGAGACGACAAGAAGAAUGCUGGUGCCGAGUCAGUGAAGCGAACACAGAGCUGCUCAUCAAUUGAAUCGCAUCAGAGAUUGGGAGGCGCUGCAAACAGUUUGUGGAGACCAAAUUCUGCCACUGCUACACUCAGCAUUUCUCCACGGAAAGUUCGUCAAAUAAACGACCCUAUUUUACAGUUUUUAAAUCAAUUGCACAAAAUCGUAUACAUCACACAGCUUCCACCACCACUGACACCAAAUCCGCAGAGAAGAGUUAUAGAGCAAUUUAAAAGGUCGCUUUUUUCGCCUCAGAGCAACUCGACCGACUUGAAAAAUGAAAUCAAGAAAAUUUUGGAAGGCUCUAAGGAGCUGCUGGAUCUAGAUCUUGUUCCUGGCUUGAAAGAAAUAACGCGAUCAGCAUCUACACUGGAUGCCUCCUCAGAUUCAGAGGUUUUUAACGAAGGUGGAAUCUCUUAUGAGCAUUUACAAUCGCUGAUUGAAGGAGUACUUCUGGAGUCCGGAUAUUAUGAGAUACCACAGAAUUCAAGGUCGCUCCAGCAAGCUCCACUUGGCCCAAUUGACAUUGCCAGGUAACGGGCGUGGUAUGAACCGCUCCAUACCAGCCUCUGCUGCCAUUCCAAUGCAAGCACUGCCGAUUUAACGAUGCCUCUCCAAGCACGCGGCCGAGCCUCUAUAGAAUCACAGCUACAGCAUUUAUGGAAUUACUGGAUGGCAGGCACUAGCUACAGCAAGGGGAAUGUAUUUUAUCGGAAACAUUUACCUCAAUUCGCAAAAUAUUUCUUGAAGUAGAGUCAACAAUGACAUUUUUCAUUUCUGAUAUAUCCUUUGCUAUCAUACAAACGUGAAAAAUAUCUUAAAACUUGUUGCUUGUUGCUGUUAAAACUUGUCUGUUGGACCCUAAGACCUGUGAUUACGACUGAUAAACAUACUUUUUCGCCUUGCAUUGAGAAAGACCCCUUCAAUUUUGCACGAUGAAGAUAUUUAAGCUGCAUUCUACUUUUUAGUUUUUUUAUUGAAAUUCUAAAUCUGUAAGAUAUUUAUUUCUGUAAGAAGUUACGCAUGAAUUUAAGGCUUGAAAAUUUGCUAUGAAUGUAAUAUCUGAAACUCUUAGAGACACCGUGAUUGAAAAUGCAAUUUAAAUUUUUCUUCGUGACAAAUAUUUGCUUUUCUAUUUUGAUUUCUUCUGCCACGCCAAAAAUCGCAGUUAUUUGUGUCUAUCGUCGUUUGCAUUUGGAUGGUUCUUCUUCAGGUGAAUUUUCAGAUGCUCAUUCUCAGCUCUGUUUAACUAAGCUAGAAACUAGAAAUGUGAUUUUGUUUAAAUUAAGUUAUAUUGUAUUUAUGAAAAUUAAUUGAUGUAGGAUUUAUGGGCAAACAACCUUGAUUGAUUGUGGAUACUGAAAAAUAUGAUCAAUUGCAAAAUAUGAUAAAACGAGGUUGGACCCUUUUAGACUCUUUUGGAAAUAAUCAGAUGAAAAAAUUUCCCUUGCUGGGAUAUUUCCGUAGGAUGAAAGACCAUUCACCUUGCCUACUGUUAGCUAACAAUUGUUUAGUUCCUUAGUAAGCAGGCGAGUUUCCGUGGACAAACAACAGAUGACUUUAAAGUGGAAAAGACAGAGAAACAAAACGACAAUUUCCAAAAAACAAUCUAAUAAUAAUCUACUAAAAUCGAUAAAGCUAUCGCUACUUAAAAUACACAAAAAUCAAAAGAAACAAACAAAUGCACCGGACACAAAUAAGCAAAUUUCCUAAAACCUAGCUAAAGACUACUUCUAUGAAACAAAAAAGGUAAAUUGGCUGAAAACAGAAAACUCCUUUGAAAUUGGCACCUAUAGGCUAUCUCCCUGUGAUGAAUUUGCAUUUGCCAUCUACAAAUCUUAUGAAAUAAUUUCAAAAAAUCAAAGCAGUGUAUGCUGCGUUGCUAUAUGGUACAAGGUGAUCAAAAUGAGACGUUAAAAAAAUUAUUCUGUAACCGGGAAAAAACUGCGAUGAAUAAUGUUAUACUUUCUCAAGCAACUGAAUAAUAAAUUAAGAACUUCUUUCCAGGAAAAGUUCUGGUUGAUUAAACUAUUUUCCAGACAAACAAAUCUCAAC